AUGACACAUUUGGAAGCAAGAAUUAGAGAUGCAACAUAUGAAGCGGAAGACAUAAUUGAAUUGCAUAUGUCAAAAAAGAUUCUCUCAGAUGAAGCAGAAGAUAUAACCGAAUUGCGUAUGUCAAAACAGAUUCUCUCAGAAUCUGCAUGCCAAGGAGUUAUCAGCUGUUUUUGGGCAAUAAUUGCUGCACUCAAAAUUAUGAUGCCCGUGUUCCAUAAUUCUGAGAAACAUGAAGGCUUACAGAAGAGUGCUGUAGUGGGAUCUGAUAAUGACUCGAUGCAAAUUAAGGAUCCGCUCAGUGGACCACCUCCUGAAUUCAAAAGCACCUCAAUUGUUGGAAUUGAAGACAUUGAAGUGGUGGGGAAGACUAAUGAUCAAAAUGACGUACAAGAUCUAAAACCAAGGAACUCGUUGCGUGCUACUUCAUCAAAAUCUACUUCCACUAAAAAGAUUACUAUGGUGGGAUUUGAAGAUGAAUUGCUCCAAAUUAAGGAAGAACUGGUUGGGCAAUCCUCUAGGUUGAAAAUCAUUUCAAUCGUCGGAAUGGGAGGCAUUGGCAAGACAACACUUGCCAGUGAUAUUUAUGAUGAUUCAUUUAUUAAGGAGCACUUCCACAUUCGGGCCUGGACAACUCUAUCUCAGGUGCGAGAACUGCUUGUAGACCUUCUAAAAUCCAUGGGAGACUUCAUUGAUGAAAUGAUUCCAUAUGAAACAGAUGAAUUCAAAACCCGAGUAUAUCAACGUUUGAGGGGCUAUAGAUAUCUCAUUGUAAUGGAUGAUGUGUGGGACAUCAAAGCCUUAGAUGAACUUAGAAGCAUAUUCCCGGACGUUAAUAAUGGAAGUCGGAUAAUUUUGACUACUCGGCUAUCCGAUGUGGCUGUUUAUGCAGGAUCUUCUAGCCCUACUCAUCAUCUGAGUUUUCUAUGUCCAGAAAAAAGCUGGACUCUUCUGUGCCAGAAGGCGCUUGGGAACGAAUGCUGUCCUCCUGAGCUUGAGGAAAUUGGGAAGAGGAUUGCAGAAAAAUGCGGAGGACUUCCACUUGCACUCGUUGUCAUUGGUGGUGUCCUCUACAAAGCGGAGAAGACACAAGCCCACUGGGAGUUUGUUGCAGAAAAUGGAAAAUCUACUCUAACUGGAAAUAAUGAUGAUUUAAUGGAGAUACUGUCUUGGAGUUACAACCACUUGCCUUACCAUCUUAGAGCAUGCUUCCUGUAUAUGGGAGUUUUCCCUGAAGAUUAUGUGAUCCACGUCACCCAUCUUAAUGUAAGUAUUAUGCCCUAGAUCCAAUCAACU